ACCGCGUAAACACCGCCGGCGCACAUACGUCGUGCGACCGGCUCGCGUGACGGUCGCGAUUCUGCAGUGAGCGACCGAGUGUGAGCGAGUGUGAGCGAGUGUGUGAGUGAACUUGUAUAUGUGUGUGUGUGUGUGUGUUAGCGUGCUGCUCGCAUGAAGUCCGACACACGGAGUUGUAGACUACGGCGAGCGUUGUUCGUGCCGAACGAUUAAUGCAAUCUUUUUCCAUCGAUCUCGCCGUACUGCAGCAGCGUUGAUAAUGAAAAAAGAGAGGAAAAAACACAAAGACAAAAACAAGAAACCGCCCUCGGAUUCGUGUUCGCCCGGCUGCAGCAGUAUGGAUUGUAUGGGCCUACAGCAAAUUCCCUCGUCGCCGCCGCCGAGUUACGAGCACAGUUUGCAAGAGCCGGGACAAUCUUCCGAUCACGGUGGCCAUUUGCAGCAGAUGAUCGCGGACGAUGACAUUUGCGCCGGAGGAAGUGGUUUGCAAACGUAUAACUCUGAGAUAGAAUGUCAGAGUAAUGGUUCGCCCGUAAGACAAGAAAUAUUUCACAAGAGCAGCAAAGAGUUUUAUAAGGCAGUUGCUGCCCAGUUGGGAAUAACGUGCAAGAUGAGCGACCACUGCAGGUGUCUGGAAUGCCAGAGUCGGUACUUCGAUUGUGAGUACGACCAAGAGAACGAACAGGAGAAGACGGACGGCGGUCUCGGGGCCGGCACGCCAAUGUUCUUGUCAGAAGUCAUGCACGGGUCCACUUGCACGUUAAUUUAAUGCAUAUUUUUCACACAAUAGAUUUGUUAUUUUUUUAUGAAAUACCUCGUCGUAAUGGCAAUUAUUAUGUGUACCUACUAAUGACAGCCCAAUGAUAAUACCAUGCAUAAUAUUAUAUAUUAUAUUUAUAUUGUUUUGCGUAAUGACACAUGUUUGAUUACAUUGCCCAGGGCCUACUAUUAUUAUAUUGUAUCAAUAAACAUUUUAAACCAGGCUAUGAACAUUUUGCCGCCAAAAAAAAAAAAAAAACCUAUAAAGCCUGUCUUAUUUUUAAAGUUGACCUUCUUACAUGUGUUCUUAAUUUUUUUACUUUUACUAAAAACAUUUUAUUUUAUAAUAAUACCAAUUUACCUAUAUAUUUAUAUAAUAUCAUAAGUUACUAAUUAAAUCUAAACGGUUAUUAUCUAUAAACUAUAAAUCAAUUCUACAACAUAAUUAUUGAAAAUGCAUUAAAAUAAAAAUUAUAAACGAUUA